AUGGGAAUCGACAUGAGCUCGGCCUUUGAUACCAUCAAGAGAUCAGUUAUCCUGGAACUUUUGGCUGAUGCUGGUUGUUGUGAGGAUGACAUUCGUUUGGCGAGAUACUUGCUCUCCAACACCAAAUUGAGGAUAAAAAUCAACAACACCAUUUCCUUAGAGUUUGAAACAUCCAAGGGUUCGUUUCAAGGUGAUGCUGCAUCUGGUGCAUUCUUCACACUGUACUUUGCUGGAGCUUUGUACCAUUUCCGUGCAGUAGUGAUUACCAUUCGGCCUAACCCACCGUUCAACCCCGAGACCCUCAUGCCUAUUGAAUGGGAAUACGCCGACGAUGGCGAUUUUGCAGACGAGGAUGAGGAAACUCUUAAAGAAAUGCUGCCCAUAUGUAAGGAGAUCCUUGAAGAAUGGAACCUGUUUGUGAACGAGGACAAAACAGAACAUGUCCACUUCUACAUUGCAAAUAAGGACGAGGUAGACGCCAAGGGUGAACCCGUGAAGAACAGAGAGCCCUGGCGCAACACUAUUUCUCUUGGAUCCAAGCUCUGCAGUAAGGCUGAUAUCUCUCGCCGAUGCAUCCUUGCUUACGUUGCCUUUGAGAAAUACAGCAAGCAACAAGGACUUGUAUGCUCGUUGCAAUGUAACUCCACUUUCAGAGAGAGUUCAUAA